AAUUAUUUGCGGAACUGUGCAUUGACAAUCUGGUUGAUACGCAUUUCUCCCCAUCACCGAACCCUGCAUCCUCAUCCGGCUCCUCUGAGUCUUCAGGGGCCCCCAAGAAUCCCACUGCAUGUCCCGUGCUUGAGGCCACAUUACCUCGUGGGAUCGCCUAUCAUCAUAGUGGCCUAACACAGGAGGAGCGCCGCCUAAUCGAGGAAGCAUAUUGCGAAGGUAUUGUUAGGGUGCUCUGCUGCACCUCGACUCUUGCUGCUGGCGUAAACCUGCCUGCCAGACGUGUUAUCCUGAGACGACCUUAUGUAGGUUCACAGUUCCUCACAUGGAGCCAGUAUAAACAAAUGACUGGUCGUGCUGGUCGCGCAGGGCUAGACAUUCACGGAGAAGCAAUCACCAUCCUUCAGUCCGAUGAUCGCCUUCAAUUCGCCCGUCUACUUUCGCGAACUGUGCCUCCAUCUACUGAUAAGCCCUCAUCGUCUUCGCUCCCGGCGACAGCAAUGCUAAUAAAGUGUGACAGACAGACUCCAGUUUCUACUCCUCAGUUUCUGACCUCUAAAACUACCAUUGGAGAUGUCUGCUAUAGCAGUCUUAAUUUCGAGAAUGGCAAGGGCAUUCGGCAGCUUGUUCUUUCCCUUAUAGGUCUUGAGGUGUGUCUAGUUAACUCUACUUAA